AGCACAGGCAACAUCUGUGUUCGAGGGUAGAUAGAGACCAAAGCAGCUUGUAAGACAAGGAACAAAAAAGGUGUCGAUGAGAUUGACAACAGAGACAGAGACAACAGAUACAUUCAUCGGAAAAUUGCCAGAAGUGAAUUCAUCCUGCCUGCAUCAGGGAGUGAGGGGCAUAGAGUGAGAGGGGGGCGGAUGCACACUCUCUACUCUCUUGCCCUGGAUUUCUGUUGCCCCCUCCGCCAACUUCGUCAGUCUUCCCCACCACCACAGCCUCUCAUUUCACCGUCUGUUCCUGCAUCAGGCGCAAGUACCCCGUGGUGUGUCUGUGGCAUGCAGAAAGAGAGGGAGGAUGAAGAGACGGAGGGGAGGGAGAGACCAGAGCCUCUGACGGAUGUGGAGCGGGGCAUCAUUAAGGAUACCUGGGCACGUGUUUAUGCGAGUUGUGAGGAUGUAGGCGUCACUAUACUAAUCAGAUUCUUUGUUAACUUCCCCUCAGCAAAGCAGUAUUUCAGUCAGUUCCAGGAUAUGGAGGAUCCGGAGGAGAUGGAGAAAAGCUCUCAGCUGAGAAAACAUGCCCGACGUGUCAUGAACGCCAUUAACACAGUUGUGGAGAACCUACAUGACCCAGAGAAAGUAUCAUCUGUGCUGGUACUGGUGGGAAAAGCACAUGCCUUCAAAUACAAAGUGGAACCAAUAUACUUCAAAAUCUUAAGUGGGGUUAUUCUGGAGAUACUUGGAGAGGAGUUUGGAGAGUGCUUUACACCAGAGGUACAGACUUCCUGGUCCAAACUGAUGGCAGCAUUGUACUGGCAUAUCACGGGGGCCUAUACUGAGGUGGGGUGGGUGAAACUAUCCAGCUCAGCAGUCUGAGAAGGCCUGGCACAUGUGAUCAAUGUGAUCAAAAUAUUUGGCUAGCUAAACAAUUGAUGUAAGAUGAAAAGGUAAAAGAAAAUAAUUCAGAAAGAAGUGAGGCUGAAAUCUGUUCAUUAUAAAAUGUGUCAUUCUCUUGUACCCUGUUUUAUACAUAAUAAUUCAGUAUAAAGUAUGUACUAACUUUUAAGAUGUUGUCUGUGCCAUGUAUAAUGUGCCAUUGUGUCUUUUAAGGUUAGUAUUGUGUACUUAAUCUUAACUCUAUAGCCUACAAGUAUAAGUUGGGAUUAUUUGAAUACAAAUAAAAUGUUGAAGAUUGAUUCACUAACAUAAAUCACAAACACACGUAAAGGGUAGCAUCUCAAAGAAGACAAUAAUGCAUCUAUGAAUAUAUAGUAGACAGUAAAGAUGAUUCAUUGUUUAUCUGGGUCUUUAUGCAGGUUAAGUUGGCUCAUCUCACCUGUCAGCUUCCACGUCCUCAGGUAGUUCACUGGUUAUUGUCAUGUCACAUCAAAGUCAAAGUCAGCUUUAUUGUCAACUCAACCACAUGUACAGGACAUAUAGAGAAUCGAAAUUACGUUAUUCUCAGACUCUAGGUGCCUAACAUAUAAUAUUAAUACAAAGAGUAGAGUAUAACAUAUUCAUAAACUAAAAUUUUGCAGGCUGUCCCAGUCCUAUAACAGAAAAUAAUUGUUUAAUAUCGGCAUUAUGAUUGGCCAGAUCACCUGCGAAGGGACAAUUUUUCAACCACAAAAUUAUUGAAGAUAAGCACACAUAAAAACAACACCACUCUUCACCAUGUCAACUUGCAUGUGCUAAAGUUAGUUUGGAAAGACAAAGUUCUGAAAGAAUGAUUUAUAGAUUUAUGUAACCAAAUUUUAAUUGGAUAGGAAAAAUGGUAAGGGACUGUACCCACACAAAGUGAUUCUACUAUGCUGCUUGCACAAACAACUUUAGUCAUCCAAACUCUUGGCAAAGCUUAAGAACACUAUUUCCAAAGUCAUAAAUGGAGGUGGGCCAGUCUUGCUAUAGGGAUGCUUUGUGUUAGCAGAAAGAUAAAAUCUUAGGGAUUUGUAUAGGGAAGUAUCAGAGCAUAGUUUAAUUUGAAAAUAUAUAAUUAUACAAUAAAAAAAAUACAAUUCCUAAUAACUCCUGUAAAUCCGGGCAAACAAAGAAUGUUAAACUUGUCCCUUAAUUUAUCCCAUAGAUGUGUGUUUGUAUAAAUUGCCUAAGCAGAUGAAUCACAUAUUUCAGUAUUAAUCACCUAACAUUGAUGUUCUGUGGUAAAUGUUAUAUUUUUGUAAUUAUUACUGAUUUUGUACAAAGUAUGGCAUCUCAUGUAUCGAUACUGACUGUGUGAUUUGUUUCCUUUUGGUUCAUAAUAUUUAAUUUGGAGGGGUUGUACAACAUUAAUACAAACUAAAAUGAAGAUGUUAC